CUCCCGGGCUCACGAACAGCCUGCUCCCUGCUCGUUAAAGCAGAAACAGCCGCACGCACACGUCCCUUACACGUGAGGUAUGGCCGCUAUAUUCGGGAAGAUUCUUAUCGGCAUCUAUGUGGAAAUCAAACGAAGCGACGGACGAGUACACCAAGCUAUGGUCACUUCCCUCAAUGAAGACAACGAAAGCGUCACUGUGGAAUGGAUAGAAAACGGAGACACAAAAGGCAAAGAGAUCGACUUGGACAGCAUUUUUGCACUAAAUGCAGAUCUUGCACCUGAUGAGGAGCUGGCACAGAGUCCAGAAACGCCCCCUCCUCCCGUCUCCAACUCGAUGAAAGUUAACAAGAUCCCUAAUAAGAAUCGGCGAACAGUGGCACCACCCAAGAGUGAAACACCUGUGAGGGACAACCGAGUUGUAGGAACGACGCGAGCUCGGCCCAGCCAGCAGACGGAGCAGGCUCCCGCUGCUCCGCCUGCUCCACCCAUCCAGCACCAGACCCUGCAGCAGCAGAACGCUCGCAGGAAGUCCAACUGUGUGAAGGAGGUGGAGAAGUUGCAGGAGAAGAGAGAGAGGAGACGCAUGCAGCAGCAGGAGCUGCGGGAGAAGAGAGCACAGGAUGUUGAUGCCACAACCCCUAAUUAUGAAAUUAUGUGUAUGAUCCGCGACUUCAGAGCCAGCCUCGACUACCGGCCACUGACAACUGCUGAUCUGAUUGAAGACCAUAGAAUAUGUGUUUGUGUCAGGGCACGUCCACUAAACAAGAAAGAGCUCAGCGUGAAGGACCUGGAUGUCAUCACCAUCCCCAGCAAAGACGUGGUCAUGGUUCACGAGCCCAAACAAAAGGUGGAUUUAACGAGAUACCUGGAGAAUCAGACAUUCCGCUUCGAUUACGCAUUUGAUGACAGCUCCACAAAUGAAAUGGUUUACAGGUUCACUGCCCGGCCGCUGGUCGAGACCAUCUUUGAGAGGGGGAUGGCCACAUGCUUCGCUUACGGACAGACCGGGAGUGGAAAGACUCAUACCAUGGGUGGAGAUUUUUCUGGGAAAAAUCAGGAUUGCUCUAAAGGGAUUUACGCACUGGCAGCACGUGACGUUUUUCUAAUGCUAAAGAAACCAAACUACAAGAAAUUGGACCUCCAAGUGUACGCCACCUUCUUUGAAAUCUAUAGCGGGAAGGUGUUUGACCUGCUCAACAGGAAGGCUAAGCUGCGUGUGCUGGAGGACGGUAAGCAACAAGUGCAGGUGGUGGGUCUACAGGAGCGUGAGGUCCGCUGCACCGAGGACGUGCUCAAGCUCAUCGAAGUGGGCAACAGCUGCAGGACAUCCGGCCAGACUUCGGCCAACGCCCACUCGUCGCGAAGCCAUGCUGUGUUCCAGAUCAUUCUACGGCGCAGGGGCAAGAUGCACGGCAAAUUCUCCCUGAUUGAUCUGGCAGGUAACGAGAGGGGGGCUGACACGUCCAGCGCCGAUCGCCAGACCCGCCUUGAGGGCGCCGAGAUCAAUAAAAGUUUACUGGCCUUGAAGGAGUGCAUCCGAGCCUUGGGUCGCAAUAAGCCCCACACUCCGUUCCGGGCCAGCAAGCUCACCCAGGUGCUCCGAGACUCCUUCAUCGGCGAGAACUCCAGGACGUGCAUGAUCGCUACCAUCUCUCCCGGCAUGGCAUCCUGCGAGAACACGCUAAAUACGCUGAGAUACGCCAACAGGGUGAAGGAGUUCGGGAUAAGCCCCUCGGACAUCCCCUUCUCGCAGGGGGGCGGCGGCCGCGUGGAGCUCUCCCCCACCUACGAGUACGAUGCCUCUGCUUCCUCAGCCUGCAGGGUGAAGGAGCUCUCGGUGGACCCCAGCGUGGUGACGGAGGGUAGGAUGGGGUGCCACUCUGUGAGCCAGCUGGAUGUGCUGGAGGCACAGUGGGGGGUGGGCAGCUCGCCGCAGAGAGACGACCUCAAACUUCUCUGUGAACAGAACGAGGAGGAGGUCUCACCGCAGCUCUUCACCUUCCACGAGGCCGUGUCCCAGCUCGUGGAGAUGGAGGAGCAGGUUCUGGAGGACCACCGCGCCGUCUUUCAGGAGUCUAUACGCUGGCUGGAGGAUGAGAAGGUUCUGAUUGAGAUGACGGAGGAGGUCGACUAUGACGUGGACUCAUACGCCACACAGCUCGAGCAAAUCUUGGAUCAAAAGAUUGAAGUACUAACGGAGCUCCGAGAUAAGGUGAAGGCAUUCAGAUCUACUCUGCAGGAGGAGGAGCAGGCCAGUAAGCAGAUCAACCCCAAGCGACCCCGGCCUCUCUGAGAGCCGACCCACCGAGCCCACCCGCCUCCCGCCCACGCCGUACUGCUCCAAGAGCCACUAAACCGGACGGCUACAGAGCGCCAACGUUUUAGCUUCUCACGUGCCACGCCAUGUACAUUUAGUAACUCUCCAGUCAGUGUUGGGACGGGUCCUUUUUCAGUGGAAGGGAUAAUGAGCACAUUCUGAAGCCUGAUUGUAUAGUAUUCAAAUUUAAUUUUAGCUGCCACUAAAAUUACUUUUAGAUACUGUACAAUUUAAAGUCCAUAAUGUUAUGUAUGGGUAAUAGUGAAGACAUUUUGACUUAAUGCAUGCACAUAGCAGCUAUGAUUGUACUUCCGCGUUCCCUUAGACCUGACCUUGAUCUGCUCUUGAGCCUGUAAAUAUAACACCGUCAUUAGACAUGGCUGCUUUUAAAAUGUAUACGACUCCUCGAUUUAUGCACUCUAAAGAAAAGUAAUGAGAAAAGUGCAUGUUUGACAAGGUGGAAUAUCCACCAUGAGACGCUUUUACAGCCACACUAGCUAAAAACCCACUGGUUGCCCAGAAGCUCGAGGCACAUCCAGUAAAAUGGACACCUGCUUGUGCUGUUGAAGUCAGGGUUGAGGGAACUGGCCUUAAGGGGAAUGCUGUUAGCUCAGAGUUUGCAGAAGUGGCCGGGAUGACUUUCUUGCGCAGGGGGGUCAGAGGAUGAAAUGUCUUGUGGAAAACGUCAGGUGCUUUAGAGAGACAGGCCAACGUGCAUGCCGUGGAGCCUCAAGACUUGACGCAAGAACAGCUGGGGGGGUGUGGGUGUGUGUGUGAGAGAGACAGCAUGGUACAUCCACUGUCACAGAGGCAAUCAGGAGGAAAAUUUCUAAGAGUAGCAUUGUGGUCAGUAUUUUAACUGUGUAAAUCGAGGACUCAGACAUCCUGAACUUUGUUACCGAACUCGCCAGUGUACUGAUGUUUUUUUGUUCGUUUUUGUACCGACUUAAUUCACACACUUUGUGUCCAGUGUUGGUUUGCUACAGCGUCGUUUACAAAUGCAAUCAGCUGCCAUUUUCCCAUGUUAACCUUCUAAAAAAAAUUUAAAAUCCAUCCCAUUUUAAAGCUGUUUUUAAAAAGAGGAAAGAUGAGACAUGGCACUGCUCCUGGGAGAGUGACCGAAGGGGGAGAUGUUUUUCUGGAGUAACAAAUAAAGAAGCGUCUGCUGACGGAAUGUG